CUCCCUGCAAAGUGCUGCUGCUCAGCAUAACCCCAGACCCCCCGACUCAGCACACAGAUCCAGCCGGUGCUGCAGACACGUCCUCGAGCUGGGCUUUUCCAGUACUGGAUUCUUUUUUUCUUUCUUUCUUUUUAUCUCAAAUGGAUUUCAUCCCAUUUGCCCAGAAUUAAGCUCCUGCAGAUUUUAAUUUGCUGACAUUUUUUCAUCUGCUUGGUUGUGGAUAGCAGGGAUAAUGCACGUGCUGCGCCGGGUCCUCCCCGCUCCCAUCCCCUGCCCAUAUGGCUGAUGUGUGUAGGCAAAGUGCACAGUUGUAGUUCUGCUCAAGGAUGCUGAAAUCCGGCUGCCAGGGGGGAAGAUGAGCUGCCUCGGGAUUUUCAUCCCCAAGAAGCACCGGCAGCGCUUUGACGAGGUGGUGUCUCAGAGCCUGAUCAGCAAACUGUGCCGCUCCAAGAGCGAGCAGCACAGCAACCGCCUGCGCCGCAGCCGCAGCGAGGACCACCAGGAGCGGCUGCUCGUGUCCACCCGCGCCAGCUCCGUGCCCCGCAGCCACGAGGAGCUCAGCAAGAGCCUGCGCAAGAGCACCUCGCUCGUCACCAGCAGUGUGGCCUCGGGGGCUGCCCGCAGAACCGUGCGAGUUUAUAAAGGCAACAGGAGCUUUGGCUUCACACUCCGUGGCCAUGCCCCAGUGUGGAUCGAGUCUGUUCUGCCAGGGAGCCCGGCAGAGAAGGCUGCUCUCAAAGCUGGAGACAGGAUCCUGUUCCUCAACGGUCUGGACAUGAGGAACUGCUCCCACGACAAGGUGGUGUCGAUGCUGCAGGGCAGUGGGGCAAUGCCCACCUUGGUGGUGGAGGAGGGGAUCGUCAACAUCUCCAAUGACUCUGACUCUCCUGAGUCCCCGAGCAGCUCCUCCUCCCUCACCUCCCUGCAGUGGGUUGCAGAGAUUCUCCCCUCUAGCAUCAAGAUUCAAGGAAGGACCUUCACGCAGCAGCUGGAGCACCUGCUGACCCCGCCCGAGCGUUACACCAUCUGCAAGGCGCUGGAAGGCUUCUUCCAACACCGGAAUAUUGACACUCUCAUUGUGGAUGUGUACCCGGUGCUGGACACACCGGCCAAGCAAGUCAUCUGGCAGUUUAUCUACCAGCUGCUGACGUACGAGGAGCAGGAGCACUGCCAGCAAAAGAUUGACAGGUUUCUUGGGUACAAGUCCUUGGCAGGUGAGAGGAAAGUCCCUGUGCUCCGAGAUGGACACGCCGUGUCCCCCCAUGUCCCGUUGCACUGGGAGCCGUGUGGUGUUGGAAUGAAACUCUGCACUGAGAGGAGGGAUGGCACCUCAGAGGGUGACUCUGGGAGCAAAGGCUUUUGGAAGCUGCUCAGGUCGUUAGAGGUGAGGAAGUCCAGGAAGGGAGUAUCUGGUUUAAGGGCAGUGUUCAGAGCAGAGAGACUCAGUGAAGAGGGACAGGGGAGCUGUGGGGUCUGGCCCUGCCUUACAGAGGUGUCUCCUGCUGCAGCCGAGGCAGAGGUGGAGGAUCGGUUCCGCAGCUCCAUCCGAGGGGCCUCCCUGUGCCGGGGCAGCCUCCGGACCCCCCGCCCCGAGGAAGGGGGGGCAGCAGGCAGUGACACCGUGGAGGUCCCAGUUCGCCUGAUCCCUGGAGAGAGACAGGCUGGUGACGGCACAUCCCUCCCGGAGACACCCAACCCCAAAAUGAUGUCGGCUGUGUACGCAGAGCUGGAGAACCGCCUGAUCGGCGGCUUUGCCGGCAAGGUGGGAAACGCCGCCCUGCACAGGACAUCGCCCCCCGCCCCCGAGCGGGCACCGGCCGCAGGAGCUCGCCGGCCGGGCAUGGGGCUGUCGUGGCCGAGCGAGCCGCUGGGCUCCCAGCAGUGCUACUACCGCCUGCACAGCAGCGUGGCCUCCCCGUGCAGCACCGAGUCCAACCCCUACGUGAGCCUCGACAGCAGCCCGGCCCCGUCCCCCAAGCACCGCCACUACUCGCUCAGCCCUCUGUCGCGACGGAAGAAGCUCUUCACCUUCUCCAGGCCCCCCCGCAGCCGCGACACGGAUCGGUUCCUGGACGCCCUCAGUGAGCAGCUGGGACACCGCGUCACCAUCGUGGAUGAUUUCCUCACUCCCGAGAAUGACUACGAGGAGAUGAGUUUCCAGGAUGACCAGGGCAGCUAUGUCACCAACGACGUCAGCAGCAGCGAGUACAUCAGCAGCAGCGACGAGGGCAGCUCCCUGACCUACUCCACGCUCUCGGACCACAUCCCCCCCCCGCCGCUCAGCCCCCCGCCGCCGCCGCCCCCCCUGCAGUUCCACGACCCCCAGACCGUCCCCACCAAGGCGGAGGCCGCGAAGGCCAGCGCGUCACCCGCCCCCAAAUCCCUCGUCAGCCACCUGCACCCCAUCCCGCCCCCGCCGCCCCCCCCGCCGCCCCCCCCGGUGCCCUGUGCCCCCCCCCUGCACCGGGGGCUGCUGCACCGCCGCAGCGAGUCCAACCACAUGAGCGUCAAGAGGCUGCGCUGGGAGCAGGUGGAGAACUCGGAAGGGACCAUCUGGGGACAGCUUGGGGAAGACUCGGAUUAUGACAAGCUGAGUGAUAUGGUCAAAUACCUCGACCUGGAGCUGCACUUUGGGACACAGAAGCCCACAAAGCCAACUCUCUUGCCUGAAAACUUUAAAAAGAAAGACGUGGUUGAAAUUUUGUCCCACAAAAAGGCCUACAACACAUCCAUCCUGAUAGCCCACCUCAAGCUGUCGCACAUCGAGCUGCGCCAGAUCCUCAUGACGAUGGAGACGGACCGGCUGGAGCCCUCCCACAUCAAGCAGCUGCUGCUCUACGCGCCGGACGGGGAGGAGGUGCAGCGCUUCCAGAGCUACAAGGAGAACCCCGGCAAACUGAGCGAGCCCGACCAGUUUGUGCUGCAGAUGCUGUCAGUACCCGAGUACAAGAUCCGCCUGCGCAGCCUGCACUUCAAGACCACCCUGCAGGAGAAGACAGAGGAGAUCAAAGCCAGCUACGAGUGCAUCUGCAAGGCCUCCCUAGAGCUGAAAAGCAGCAAGAAGCUGGCAAAAAUCCUGGAGUUCGUGCUGGCAAUGGGAAACUACCUGAACAACGGGCAGCCCAAGACCAGCAAAACAACAGGCUUUAAAAUCAACUUCCUCACCGAGCUGAACACGACCAAGACUGUUGAUGGGAAAUCCACCUUCCUGCACAUUCUUGCCAAAUCCCUUAGCCAACACUUCCCAGAGCUCCUGGGCUUUGCCAAGGAUCUUCCGACAGUGCCGCUCGCUGCCAAAGUGAACCAGAGGACACUGACAGCCGACCUGAAGGACCUGCACACCACGGUCAGUGACAUCCAGCUGGCCUGUCACAACAUGCCAGCCACCGCGGAGGACAGAUUCGCCAUUGUCAUGACUUCCUUCCUGGAGAGUGCCCAGCCUGCCAUGCGGUCUCUGGACGACCUGCAGCACAAGGCCAUGGAAGAGUUCAGCAAGGUGUUGUCCUUUUUUGGGGAAGACUCGAAAAUGACAACUUCUGAAGCUUUCUUUGGCAUCUUUGCAGAAUUCAUGAGCAAGUUUGAGCGGGCUCUCAGUGACGUGCAGGCGGGCGAGAGCCAGCGCAGCCCCAGGAUGACCUCUCCCCUCGCCUGGUGAGGGGCCUGUGGUGACCUGAGCUGCCACAGUUCAUUGCCAACAAAGUGCAAUUUGCUCCUGUCGAGUUUGGUUGUAAAUACGCUGCUGCCACCUGCUCCCACCCAGCAGAGCCACGGGCGGAGGGGCCGGGGCAGGUGGGCACUGAGCAGGCACUGCUGGUGACAGUGGGUGGUGUGAGGGUGAGGCACGGGGACACGAAGGCAAACACUGCACUGGGCUUGAUGACAGCUUUUCUAGCACCCUCCAUCUCCAGUGGAUUCCUGAGUCAAGGAUUUCAGACCCAUCUGGUGGAACUCCACUCGCUCGAGUUUCCAGAAGAAGAGAACUUCCCCACGUCCCCCUGGCCAUGGCCCAGCACGGGGGGCUCUGCCCAGGCAGGCACCACUCGCCCCGCCAGCCUUGGGGCCGGGGUUAAAGCCCAGCCACAGAGUCCCUGGGAAGCCAGAGCACGUCAGGCAGGGGAGGGGGUGUGGGGGAUGAGGAGAAGGGAUGCCACCAGUGCCUGCUCCCCCAGGACCCUGAGUAACAAUACUGCUGAGCUGCUCUCCAGUCCCUCCCCAAUCCUGUCUGCCCUGGAGCAGAGCAUGUGGGGCAGGAGCUCCACCUGAACAGACUGUAACAGUGGAACAGACAUCACUGGAGGUGGUCUGCAGGCUUUAAUUCCCUGCCAUUGCCAGCCAGUGGCAAUGGAAAGCAAUAGGACCUUGCAGAACCCUUCUAACGUGUCCAUGUGGUCCCAAGUACGGAUCUACCUACCCAGCUUCAUCCCGCCCAUCAGCUUUGCUUAAAGCUGUGCCAGAGGCUGAUGGAUCUUGAAAGCUUCUCAAGAGUUUAACACAUCAGCACAAGGCUUAUGGAACUCGCCAGCAGCCAGAAAUCCCUGAGCAUUUUGGUGCCUCCUUGGAAAGCAGAGAACCCCUGGUAGCCUGAAAAUGAGUGGGAGUCCUCUGCAGCCCCGAGUGCCUCUCCAAGGCACAGCAGAGACAACAGGAAAUGCACCCCCUGCCCUCCUCCAGUCACUUCCAAGAGCUGGAGUCCUGAGUCCCUUUACUGUUCAUGGUGACCAUCCCAGGGAACUCCAGAGGUGUGCAUGUCCAUCCUCCAGUGUCCAUGUCCUUCUCUCAAGGUGCAUGUGUGUCUUUCACUGAGUCUGGCUGUCACUGAAUUCCCAUGUGGGAUGGAAGGGGAGCAGCACCCCAUGGCCAGUGCGUGCCCCUGAGGGCGACAGGGUGCCCCGAGAGCUGCUGGCAGCAGACCCCAGUGCGCUGCUGCUGUGAGACAUCCCUCUGUGCAAAACGCAUCCGUUGCCUUCCAAGCCUGUCCCGCUCCCACAUCCCCCCCAUGGCAGUGCCCCAGCAAACCACGGUGUAGGGACCCCCCUCCCCAUUGCCAGAGCAAGGGCUCGUCCUGCAGCUCCGCUCAAGGACACGACCACCAACCGGUGCAUUAUUUCUGGGAGACCUUACGACCAUCAGAUCUCCAGGUUUUGGUAUUUUUUUAAACCCUGCUGUAGAAAGUGAAGUAUAUUUUCACAAGUGUUCUCCGUUUAUACAGCUUUAAGUGCCAGGUAGUGUGUAGCCUUGUGUUCCCAGAGGUCCAGACCUGUCCCUGCCCCGAUGGAGGUGACAAGGCCACGCUCCCUCUGCUCCAUUUUCCCUCUUGGAUGUUGCACACUGCAUUCCAUUGAUUUUUUCUUUUCUUUUCUUUUCUUUUUUUUUUUUUUAAAUACAUUCAUUGUUUAAACCACCGGAGGUUCUUUGAAGCUGUCAUGACAGUAACUGCUGUACAUAGAUUUUGCUACAUGUUGUAACUUUCCGAGAUAGUUAGAACUCCAACCCCUUUGGUAUUUUUAUGUGAUAUUUUCAAAGAACCAGAACUUCUGGUUAUAUGAUUUGAUAAUGGGACUCUGUAUAUUCACAAUUCAGUCUCAACCCAACGCCUAUGUGCUACUCCCAAAAUAAAGCUACUGCCUUCUGCCUCCUGAC